AUUCUCCAAGUUUAUUCCAGUUUUAAGUCUUAGAUAUCUUCUCCCAAAUACAAUACAAUCUCUCCAAUGUCGAAAUUGAGCUUUCUUGAUUUCCAAUACAACCUCUCAAAGAGGAGUUUCCUGCGUAAGCCAACUAGGAUGUUUACCAAAGAGAGACAAAACUCAGGCUUAUUGCCUAUUUACCAACUUAGUGUGGAUGAACUAAAGAAAGUCUUUGAUAAAUUUGAUUCAAACAAAGAUGGCAAGAUUUCACCAGAAGAAUACAAAGCUAUUCUCAAAUCCAUGGGGAAGAAAAACCUCCUUACAAGGGAAGUACAAAAGAUUUUCGACGUUGCAGAUGCAAAUGGUGAUGGGUUUAUUGAUUUCAAGGAGUUUGUGGAAGCGCAGAAGAAGGAAGGUGGUGUCAAAACUAUGGAUUUGAAGAGUGCAUUUCAUACUUUUGACAAGGAUGGUGAUGGAAAGAUCAGUGUGCAGGAAGUAUACGAGUUGCAGAAGGGGCUCGGACAGAGGUGCAGCCUUCAAGAUUGCAGGAAAAUGGUGAAGGCUGUGGAUGCAAAUGGAGAUGGUGUGAUUGAUUUGGAUGAAUUCAUGACUAUGAUGACUCGCACUAUGACACUUUGUUAGAAGCUUUUUAUGCCUUAGUUAUAUGUUCCUAGUAUAAAUGCAAGAUUUCUGCAUGCUGGUAGCAAUAGUUCUUACUAGUUUGAUAUUUUCAUUAUAAUUUAAGGUUUCAUCCAAUAGGUUUUGCAACUAUGAAAAGUUAAAUAGCAUUCACAAGACCAUAAGUUUCAGAAUAAGAUCCAUUGUACCAAGCAUGGUACUGCUGACUAGUGUAAUUCUUGGUGUUAAUGCCACUGUGGUACAUCUCGUAUGAUGUUUGCAAAAUCAUGUUUAAUCAGAAAUGAGAAAGUUAAUUGCUU